AUCAGCUUGCUUGAGUUCACAAAACCUUUUGAUUACGUAAACAAACAGUCAGGGUACAAAGGUUGUACAGAUGCCCUCCAGGUCCUUGCCCUCAGCCUCUGUAGGGGGUUUGUACUUUUCACAUCUUUCAGCUCUGUAAAGAAAAAAGAACUAAAUGAAGUCCUUCAAUUAAUAAAGACUUCAUCUGAUUUCCACCUAGCUUCAUUUCCCUUGUAUAUGGUUUGCUCAGUGGACAAGAAGCAGAAAAAUUAGUUUUGAAGAACUGAUCCCAUGUGAGUAUUUGGUUUCUUCCCACCUUCUCUCUGUCUGCAUGGAUCUGAGCAGGAGAGAAAAGUGCUCGCUUCUGUUUUCAGGGCUGAAGCUCGGUGGAAGAAAGUGGAAGGGAUUUAGUCAUGUGGGAUUUAUUCUUCUGCCUGAUGCCGUCCAUGUUCCUGUUGUUGAUCGCUAAGCUUUUUCAAUCAGCGUGGAUUUUUCGUCUUGUGGAGAAAGGAACAAAGCAACUAACUUGGCAUAUAUGGAUUAUAAUCUGCUCGUUACUGAAGCUUCAACAUCCCAAUGCUUUGCACUCCGAGGAGUCAAAGAUCGAGCUGAUAUACAAACCAACAGCUCUAGCAAACUAUAUCAUACAGAACUGUAAAGCUUUAUCAUGUGCGCCAAUGGCUAGGUGGCCAAAAGCAGACCCUCAUCUCCAAAUCCUCUUCAAUUUCAUAUGCCCCAUUAAAGGAGACGCGCUAGAACACUGUGGAAUAACUUUCUCCCGGGAUCAUUUACUUUUACAAGAUGGUGGUAUCAUAGCCCUGGAUUGGGCUGUCAGGCUGAAAGACCAGGCUAAGCUGGAACAUCAUCCAAGAGAAAGAGUUCCCGGCUGCAGUCUCAGCACUCCACCCAUUCUCAUUCUGAUUCCUAAUGCUUGGGGGAAGAUCACACAGAAUUUACUGAGCUUGUGUCGCUUAGCUUUACAGCAAGGUUUCUACCCUGUAAUCUUCCAUCGGCGUGGUCAUGGGGGGUGUCCGCUCGCUACCCCACGCUUCCAGGAGUUUGGGGAUCCUUUUGAUAUGGUGCAGGCGGUAACAUACAUUCAGAACCACCAUCCGUCUUCAUGUCUGUUUGCUGUGAGUGAAGGUUCUGGGUCUGGUGUGCUGCUGUCUUAUCUUGGGGAACGUGGCUCAUCGACCUACCUGGUAGCAGCUGCUUGUAUAUCACCAGUGUUCCAUGGCCAACUGUUCUUUGAGACACCUUGCCCAAAACUGUAUCAUGAAGCAGCGCUGCUUUUCUGCAAACAGCAACUCAGCAGGUAUGCAACUGCUCUAAGUUCUGUUAUGGAUACUGCGAAAAUCUUCAGCUGUCGUUCUCUUCAAGACAUGGAAAAGUUGAUGUUCUGCUCAGUCAGAUUAUUAGACGCUAGUCAAAACGACACACUGGAGCAGCAUAUGAAGCUUGGAUCUGUACGUACUAACUGGGCUGCAUACUGGGAACGUAAUGAACCCUUGAAAGAUGCCGAUGAAGUUGCUGUUCCUGUGCUUUGCAUUUGCAGCGGUGAUGACCCUUUACUGCCCCCAGCUUCCACCUUACCCAUGUCCAUCUUCCAGAACAGCCCAUAUUUCUUUCUGGCCCUCACAUCCCAGGGAAGCCAUUGUGGCUUCUUGCAGGAGGGCCCUCAGAGCGGCGAUUCCUGGAGCCACAAGGCUGUACUGGAAUAUUUUCGGGUUGUCACAGAGUUCUUUAAAGUUGAGGAAAGGCAAUGCUUCAUGGCAGAGUUUGAUGGAUGGGAUGCAACUGUCCAAGGGCUUAGGCAUAAAACAGGCGUCAUGGCAUAUAGAAGGAGGAGAUCUACAAUCCUGCGGAGAGAGAGGUCUGUCUUGGGUUUACAGGGACGACUGUCGUCUCAUUCAAGGUUGAACACCUUUGAAGGGCAGGAGACGUUCAUGUGGACUAGGUCAUACACUCGAUAAUAAGGAGAACCAAAAGAUGAGAUUAUAAAUGUUAAGAGUGAACAGAAAAUGCAAACGCCAAAGAAACGCCAAUGUAGCUGAAAAUAUGUUGAAAAUUAAAUGUAGCUAAAAAUUUUGUGUUCUAGAAACCAUUAUUUUUUUGCUGGUUAAUUAAUUCUUUUUUUAAAUUCCAGUGUGCUUUCGAAAAAGUAUAGCCUUAAAUCUAGACAUGUGCUUGCAGUAAGAUUUCUCAUUGCUACAAACACUAAAAAGUUCAAGGAUUCCCUGAAAACACAACAAAUAAAUCCAUCUGGUUAAAUACAGUGUUUGGUUUUCUCUCUCUUCUGGGCUUUCAAUAAGCAGAGUAGACUGUUAUGUCACGUAAACACGUGAUAUUAUUAACCACCCCUUUUAGUGCUUUUUAACCGGUGGAGCAGGAACAUGAAAUUAUUGUUUCUGUUCAGUAAAUAAACCAUUUUAAAUACCUGGA